CGCGCCGGGCCCCUUCGCCUUUGUGCCAUCCGGGUCUCUCGCGCGAGCGAUUUAGUCUGUGGCGAAGCUUCGGUCGGCCGGUACGGUUGAGAGCGGCAAGUGGAGGCGCCGCCCUAGCGGCAAGAACUCUGGACUAUGGCGGCUAGUGAUACAGAGCGAGACGGACUAGCCCCAGAAAAGACAUCCCCAGAUAGAGAUAAGAAAAAAGAGCAGUCAGAUGUAUCUAUUUCUCCUAGAGCCUCAAAACAUCAUUACUCAAGAUCACGAUCAAGGUCAAGAGAAAGAAAACGAAAGUCAGACAAUGAAGGAAGAAAACACAGGAGCCGGAGCAGAAGCAAAGAGAACCAACUUCUUCUUAAAACAGGCAAGAAGACAUGAAUCCAAAGAUAAAUCAUCUAAGAAACACAAGUCUGAGGAACAUAAUGACAAAGAACAUUCUUCUGAUAAAGGAAGAGAACGACUGAAUUCAUCUGAAAAUGGCGAGGACAGACACAAACGCAAAGAAAGAAAGUCAUCGAGAGGCAGAAGUCACUCAAGAUCCAGGUCCCGUGAAAGGCGUCAUCGUAGUAGAAGCAGAGAGCGGAAGAAGUCCCGGUCCAGGAGUAGGGAGAGGAAGAAGUCAAGAUCCAGAAGCAGAGAGAGGAAGAAAUCAAGAUCCAGAAGCCGGGAAAGAAAACGUCGGAUCCGAUCUCGAUCCCGUUCAAGAUCAAGACACAGGCACAGGAGUAGAAGCAGGAGUAGGACAAGGAGUAGAAGUCGAGAUAGAAAGAAGAGAAUUGAAAAACCAAGAAGAUUUAGCAGAAGUUUAAGCCGAACUCCUAGUCCACCUCCCUUCAGAGGCAGAAACACAGCGAUGGAUGCACAAGAAGCUUUAGCUAGGAGGUUGGAAAGGGCAAAGAAAUUACAAGAACAGCGAGAAAAAGAAAUGGUGGAAAAACAAAAACAGCAAGAAAUGGCUGCAGCAGCUGCUGCCACUGGAGGCUCCGUUCUCAAUGUUGCUGCCUUGUUGGCAUCAGGAACACAAGUUACCCCUCAGAUAGCUAUGGCAGCUCAGAUGGCUGCCCUGCAGGCCAAAGCUUUGGCAGAGACGGGAAUAGCUGUACCCAGCUAUUACAAUCCAGCAGCUGUGAAUCCAAUGAAAUUUGCUGAGCAAGAGAAAAAAAGGAAAAUGCUUUGGCAGGGCAAGAAAGAAGGGGACAAAUCCCAGUCUGCUGAAAUAUGGGAAAAAUUGAAUUUUGGAAACAAGGACCAAAAUGUCAAAUUCAGGAAAUUAAUGGGUAUUAAGAGUGAAGAUGAAGCUGGUUGUAGCUCAGUUGAUGAAGAAAGUUACAAGACUUUGAAGCAACAGGAAGAAGUAUUUAGAAAUCUAGAUGCUCAGUAUGAAAUGGCAAGAUCACAGACCCACACACAAAGAGGAAUGGGAUUGGGUUUCACAUCAUCAAUGCGAGGAAUGGAUACAGUUUGAAAAAGAUCAGACUUAAUGUUUGGGACUUUAUAUAGACUUCUGGUUCUGAUGUCAGGUCCUUGUUCACCAAACAGCUAGCAUUCUAGCUUGCAUGGGUGUUGCAUUGACUUUAAUUUAUUGAAAAAUACGAUUUUUUUGUAAAUAUCAGAUCAGUGAUACUGGUGUUAGUGUUGUAAUCAGGUUAAACACACUUCCAUUAAACUUGACAGGACUAUAGAAGGACGAUAUUUUUAGUUCAUGAAUUCUACUUUUCAAAUAUAUAAAGCUGCAGGUGGGAUAAAAUCUCAUACAUGGAUAUUUCGUGUCCGCUGUCUUGUGUACUUUUGUACUUAACCUUGUACAGUUAUUUUCAUCUCUUGAAACAUGAAAGAAAUGUUAUGUAGAUGUUCUUUAGAAGAUCUGGCCAUUUGGUACAUAAUCCAGCACAAAUAAGCUGGGUGGUGAUGACAAUAAAAAUGGUUUUCUCAGAACUGGUGUUAAGUUACCUGGAAUUCUUAUUUGAAUUUGUUUCAUGGUUUUUGUAGCAUUUUGCAAUUGCUAUUAGAGAACGCUAGGUAGAAAUUCCUUUUUUUUAAACAGUUAACUAUGCUCUUGGCAAUACCCAUGGUGAGCAAAAAUGUCAGGAAGUUGAGAGGAAUAACAAACAUUAAAGUAAUACUGUUUUCCUACUACUCUAAGGAACAGAAUUGGUGUACAAUAUUUGUUCAAUAUUCCAUGUUAUUCAGGAAAUAGAUUAAUACAUUAAAGGGAUGUAAGCACUUUUAUUUUAAUAAAGUGCCUUAUAACAA